AUGACUACUGCUGGGCUCAGAAUUGUCAUUGGUUGCGAUGAAGCAGGUUUCGAAUAUAAGCAAAAGCUCCAGCAAGACCUUGAAAAGAAUGACUUGGUAUCUGAAGUUAUAGACAUUGGUAUUAAUACUAAAGGUGAUCAUCUCGCGUACCCUCAUGUUGGUAUCAAGGCUGGUGAAUUAAUCAGAGAUGGAAAGGCUGACAGAGCCUUAUUGAUCUGUGGUACUGGUUUAGGGGUAGCAAUCAGUGCAAACAAGGUUGCUGGUAUUAGAGCUGUAACUGCACAUGACAGCUUCAGUGUCGAAAGAAGUAUCCUUUCUAACAAUUGUCAUGUCUUGUGUAUGGGUCAAAGAGUGAUAGGUAUUGAAUUGGCUAGAAGAUUAGUGGCAGAAUGGUUGACUUACAAUUUCGAUGAAUCCAGCGCCUCUGCCUCAAAAGUAGCUGUUCUCAAAAGAUAUGAAUCCAUCUGUUAA